CUUCAUGGUGGCGUGAAGGAGGCGGUCGGCGUCUGCCCUUGUGCUCUGGCGCUCUCGAGCGCCGCCAUCGCCUGCCUCGGCUCCCAGGACAUCUGGGGAGCUCCUGUGCCCCUCGGGCUGACCGUGACGGCAGCGGUCCUGGCUGGCGGGCUGGUCGCUCUGCUGAUGCUGGUGGCGCAGGCGGUGUGCCGUUCUUGCUACGUGACGUGCGAGCUGGCGCUGGCGUGUGCCUUCGCGCUCAGACAGACGAGCCUUCAGAUGGCCCUCGAUCGGCUGGUGCAGGCGCCUUUGGAGAGCGGCCACAGGUCGAUCGACAUGAUGCGCGUGGCUCCGAGAAGGCGCAGGUCCUUCGAGGGGCUGAAGCCCGGGCACGUGGUCUGCGUCAGCUACGGGGUGGACGGGGAACCAUAUGAUCGCCUGAUCCUCGCAGUCGUGGACCACUGCUGCUACAGCAUCUGGGACAUCUACGCGGAGACCAUCGGCCUGGAGUUCUUCGGGGAUUUCAGAGAGGGUGGCCCCCGAGGGGGGCUGCCCGCUGGGCUGGGCGCAGCGCGCGGCCAGCCCGUGCACCGCUUCUCGACGAAGCACGUCGGGCAGGAGCUGCAGGACUUGUUCGAGCAGGGCCGCGCCAAGGCGGCCGUGGAGAGCAGCAUGAUGGGCAUCCUGGAGGACGUGCCAGGGCCGCCGCCAGCGUUGGCGGGGACCGGCGCGAGCGCGGCCCCCCCUCUGCCUCCCCCAGCUGGAUCGCGUCCUGCUGGGUCAAGCUCGGAGCUCGUCAAGUGGGUGUGCGUGGCGCUGUCGGCGCAGGAGUACGUGGGCAACACCUUCAUGCUCGCGGCGCAGCACCACAUCCCGUCGGACAGCUUCGUGGGCAACGGCUCGGUGGACCUGUAUGACAGGGGCCUGCGAGGCGACCCCGCGGUGCUGUAUCGCGUGGAGGUUGGGGAGCAGGAGAGUGAGGUGAUUGAGCUGUUCAGGCGCCGGACGAAGAGGAACAGCGACGUGGAGGGCACGGACACUCCGCUGGUGCGGGCGCCAGGAGCGCCGAGCUCCGAGGACGCGCGCACCCUGCCGGUGCUGCGCGACAGCGCGGGACGGCGCUUCGAGAACAUGAAGAGUGUGGCGAACAGCUCGGAGAUGUGUGGCUUUGAUGAUUGGGUGCUGGAAGGGCCGCGCUCGGUUUUGGACCUGGCGAAGGAGAUAGCUGGACAGGCGGCUGGCCCCUUCAAGCGCCUCUCGACCUGGAAGCACGAGAACGAGCUGCAGGAUGUCGAGCUCAACGCGGUGACGCAUGGGAUGCUCUCGGAGAUCAUUGUGCUGGCGACCACUCUCGUUCAGCUCGACGUGUCGGACUUGGCGGGCAUGGGGAGCCUGUGCCUCCACUCCCGGCACACCAAGCAGCGGAUCAAGAAGAAGCAGGAGGCCGGGAAGGACUUCGACCUGCAGGGCUACUACCUGGGCAGGGCGCGGCGCACGGGAGGUGCGUGGAAGGCCCCGGAGCUUCAGAAGUGGGUGGCCGAGUGGGCUGCCCGCGAAUCGUCCAUCUUGAAGGAAGAGAAGGAGGCUGCCGAGGAGCGUACGCUUGCGUGCGCUCCUAAGAGGUCACCUAUAGCUCUCCUGAACAGCGCCGAGGUCUUCGCCGUGCUGCUCAGCGUCUGGGCAGGAAGACCCUCGCAGGCACAGUCUUCGGCGCUUGACGGCAUCCUGCGCGCGGUCACUGACGACAGGCCGCCGGACCCGUUGCCCGCCCCCGAGGCAGCCCUUCAGGAGUUGCUCGGUACCGAGGCCCUCGACUACGCGUCCGAGGACCUCUCCGUGGUUGCGCCGUAUGAUCGCGGCUUGGUCUCGUGGCCGGACACCGCAGGUUCGGUUGACUUGCUGGACGUGUUGCCAGACCCUGACCGCCAGGAGGUGAUCGACGGUCCCCGUGCGCUUUUGCUUCGGGCUGAGGAGGAGCCGCCAGCGGCCUGCAAGGUCUACUGGGACAAGACGCUCAAGGCGGACAGAGGCGAGUACACCAGGUUCGUGCAGGACCUGCUGAACAGGGGCAUGGUGGAGCUCCGUACUCGCCGUGAAUUUGAGGUUGGGAUAUUCUUCGUACGCAAGAAGUCGGGCAAGUUGCGCCUGAUAGUGGAUGCCAGGUCCGUCAAUCAGAACCUCAGGCGUCCCACCUCCAUCCAGCUGGCGUCGACGGCGGCGAUGGUCGGGCUUGAGGCAGAGCCUGGGGACAUGCUGGAGUUCUCGAUUCAGGACAUCGCCGAUUGCUUUUACCAGUUCAAGGUCCCGGACUACAUGGCGCCGUGGUUCGGGAUGAGGCCCGUCAGGGCCGGCGAGGUGGGAGCCAAGACCGUGCAGGGCGAGCCUGUGCUCGCGGGCGCCUGGGUCUACCCAUGUCUGCGGGUGCUGCCCAUGGGUUUCUCGUGGGCCAUGAGAUGGACGCAGCAGGCGCAUCGAGAGCUGCUGCGGCGGGCAGGGCUUGGAGGCAUCGAGAGCGAGCUGGUGGACCGCCAGGUGCCCCCGACGACCUCGGCUACGCCUGUUCCCCGCAUCGUGUACGUGGACAAUGAGGUUUUCGUCUCGUCUCGACCCGGUGCCUCUGCCGACGCCAGGCAGCAGGCGGCCAAGAAGAUGUCCAGCGUCGGGCUGCCGCUGCACGAGGUGGAGGAGGGCAAGCAUGUCGUCGAGGCGCUGGGCCUGGAGCUGGAUGGCAUCAAGCUCCGGCGCCGCCUGGCUUCCUCCAAGCGGUGGCGGCUGGUGCAUGGCACGCGUGCGCUGCUGCGGCGGCGGCUGGUGGCAGGCAGGGACGUCGAGAAGCUGAUCGGCCAUUUUACGCAUGCCAUGCUGCUGAACCGCCCGGCGCUUUGUAUCUUCCGCGCCGCUUACGACUUCGCUCGGCGGCAUUACCGGGCGCCCAGCCUGCUCUGGCCUUCUGUGAGGCAGGAGUUGCAGAACGCCAUGCACAUCAUGCCGCUGCUCGCGGUGCAAUUCGAUAUGCCGUGGUCUGGGUUGGUCACCUGCUCCGACGCUACGCUGAGGGGCUACGCCGUGCAGGAGGCGGACUUCCCGGUGUCUGAGGUAAAGCAAGUGGGGCGCUGGAGUGAACGCUGGCGCUUCAAGGCGUGUAGCAGCGCGUCCGGCGCCGGUUGGUGCAGGCGCGCCUGGCACCCCUCCGCCGUCGGCGGGCCGGCUCCCGAGAGACGGCUGCAGCGGCGGAGCGGCCGGGUGCCCGACGCUGUCGUGGGGCCACGGCAGAGUGGCGGCGGCCCAGGGUACCUCGACAGGGCGACUGCGCGGCUCAUCAACGAGGCCUCGCCGAUCCCCUGCGAGGCCGAGAGGAUAGCUGGCACUGGUGGGCCGACCGUCCUGGAGCAGGAAAACGCGACGGCGAAGACCACGGAGGACUGCGAGCGGAAGCGGGAGCGGUUCUUCGGCUUCUGCAGCAUCAGCGGCCUGGCGCUCGACACCUACCCGCUGCUCAGGGAGGCCCUGGUGGAGUACAUGGACCUCCUGUUCGCGCAGGGGGGGCCCUGCAGCGGCGGGGCCAAGCUGCUGGCGGCAGUAGGCCAUCGCUGGCCGAGGCUCCAUCAUGCCAUGCGGUUGCUGAAGCUGCCGAGGGAGGCGAAGGCGCUGCAGGGCUGGCGGCAUCUGUUGCCGCUGGUGAUACGGGCGCCCGUGCUGUGGGCCGCCGUGGCGCCCAUCGCGCUGGCAUUGGUCAGGCGCAGGCAGCCGCUGGCGGCUCUGGCGGUGGUGCUUGCGGCGGACGCCUACCUUCGGCCAGGCGAGCUGCUGUCGCUCCAGGCCAACCGUGUGGUCCCAGCCCAGUCAGAGGCCGGAAGCGACUACCGCUUCGCGUCGCUGGAGCCGAAGCCAGAGGAGGAGCUGCUGCCGACCAAGACGAAGGGCUUCAACGACUCGAUCCUGCUGGAUGGCACGUCGAAGCGCGACCUGGGUGUGCUGGUGAAGCGGCUGGCGAGGCAGAAGAGCUUCUCGGCGGAGCUCCUCUUUCCGCGGUGGGCCGCGGUCUCCACUGCCAUGUUCGAGCGCGCCGCGGCCGUGCAGAGGCACGAGAAAAGCUCGCGGGUGAUGCGGCGCACGGCGACGCUGCAGCGGGACUACCAGCUGCUGAUGGCCAGUUCAACCAGCAGCCUCGAGGCAGGACUCAGGUUCAAGCACGACGUAAAGUUCGAGAGCAGAUGCCACGACGCGG